AUGGCCCCCAAGAAAAAGUCCGAGAACCGGGGCGGCGCACCCAAACCGGGGACUAAGCAGGCCAAAGCUGCGGCCGAGCAAUCUGCUGCUGAGAAGGCCAAAAAAGCACAGGGCGCAACCGACGAGCAGAAGAAACCCUCUGUCAAAGAGGUCAUUGGAGGCGCAUCAUGGACGGGGAAACUGCCUGUGAAUAUGCUCGCGGAGCAUUGCCAGAAGCAGAAAUGGGAGAAGCCGGAAUACACCAUGAUGAAAGUCUCGGAGGGCUUUGUCUCCAGCGUUAUAUUGAAGCGCAUUGACCCCAAGACUCGCGAAACGAUCGUCCUUCCCCCGAUGAAACUGCCUCCGUCGCAUAAACACCUCGCUGCUCAGCCCACCGCGCUAGAAGCUCGACAUUUCGCCGCAGCGUAUACGCUGUACCGAGUCUGCAAUAUGAAGAACCUACAUAUGAUGAUGCCGCCGACGUACAAGAAGCUUUGGCGGGAAGAUUUUGCUGCCCUUAAGGCCGCGGAUUGCAAAGAAGGAAAGAGCUGGAUGUACGAGGCUGACCCGUUCCUGGCGAAGCUGGAACGGGAGAGCGCCGCGGCUGAUCUGGAGAAGAAGCGCAAGGAGAGGGAGAAGGCUCAGGCGGCCAAGGCCGCGGAUACAACAGUCGAUCUGGGACUGGGUUCCGGCGCCGGCGCCGGCGGCGAGAACAAGAGCAGGAAAAUCUGGUCGCAUGCGCCCAAGGUCGACCUUGGAAGCAAGAUUCGUCGUGAGAUCGAGGGCAUGUUGCGUGAGCAUGCGAUCUGGAAUCCGUACGGGGUGGAAAUCCCGCAAAAGGAGCGCAGUGCCAUCGUCGACGAGCUCACUCGGCUCGGAUUCCGGCGCAGCCACGUCGAGGAGGCUGUUGGCACUUGUAAGGACCGGGAAGAGGUCCUGGAAUGGCUUCUCAUUUAUGUGCCAGAGGAUGAUCUGCCUCGUUGGUGUCUGCCUGAGGGUUAUUCCGCUGGCGUGAGCCUGGCAAGCGAUGACCUUGCCAGAGAGGCAAAGAUUAAACGUCUCACCUCUAUCGGCUACCCUGCCGAUCUCUGCACGCGGAUUUUGGAUAAUAAGAAAGGUGAUGAACUUGCCGCAGCGGAGUUCCUCCAAAAUACACUGGUGCACGGUGGAGAUGCCACUGCCGAGCCUUCUUCGUCCGGGGAGGAAGAUUUGUGGGUAGAAGAGCAGGAGACCCUGGAGGCUAUCUUUGGAGAGCGUUACUCUCGGGUUUCUGACAAAGUCUGCGAGAUUAAAGGCGAGAAUCCUGACCUACCAGAGUCUUUGACUUUCCGGUUUCAACGGCCUUCGACACAUUACCCAUCUUCUCCGCCGGUAAUCUCCAUUCAGGCGAAAGGUAUUCCCGCUUAUAUACGUCUCAGUGCGAUUCGCCAGGUGGUGCAGUACUCCGAAGAGAACUUCUUGGGAGAGUCGAUGAUAUACAAUAUGCUGGACUGGCUGGAGACCAAUCUCCCGGCAGUCAUGGAGAAUCCAGGAAAGCUGCGAGACAUCUCGACGGUGACAGCCCCUCUUGCUCCAGCCGGGACCACCUCAAACCUCCCAGUGCGCUCAUCGCGCAAGAAGGGUAACGAGGUCAAAUGGCAACCAGGUGCACCGCAAAGCAUCUCAUUGCGCGAGUCCUGGGAAGCAAAGCAGUCAACUAAGGAGCAACAAGAUAUGCUACGGAAGCGCCAAUCGCUCCCUGCCUGGAACACUCAGGAGGCCAUUAUCAAUGCUGUGAACACACAUCAAGUUACGAUCAUUUCCGGAGAGACUGGUAGUGGAAAGAGUACACAGUCUGUUCAGUUCCUGCUCGAUGACCUGAUUAAGAGAGACCUCGGCGCUGCCGCGAACAUCAUCUGUACUCAGCCGCGCAGAAUCUCAGCUUUGGGACUGGCCGAUCGAGUCAGCGAUGAGCGCUGCGCGUCUGUUGGCGAAGAGGUUGGGUACAUCAUUCGAGGAGAAUCCAAGAUCAAGUCGGGCCGGACGAAGAUCACGUUCGUGACGACGGGUGUCUUGCUCCGUCGCAUGCAGUCGGGCAGUGGCCCUGAUGGCAAUGUUGCAAGCUCUCUCUCAGAUGUCACUCACGUCGUUGUCGAUGAGGUGCACGAGCGAAGCCUCGACACUGAUUUCCUCUUAGCGCUUCUCAGAGAUGUUCUUCGCCACCGCAAAGAUAUCAAGGUCAUCCUGAUGAGUGCAACCCUCGAUGCAAAUAUCUUCAUCAACUACUUUGGCGGCCGCCAGUCGGUUGGCCUGGUUAAUAUCCCAGGACGUACUUUCCCUGUCGACGAUUACUACUUGGACGAUGUUAUUCGCGAUACAGGAUUCUAUCCCGAGCUCACAGAGCGGGAUUUCGACGAGGAGACUACAUCUUCGUCACAGUCCGAUGAGCCCCUCGGCAAGGUACUUCGGAGCAUCGGAAUGGGUAUCAACUACGAGCUGAUUGCCUCUACCGUCCGAUACAUCGAUGCCAAGCUGGGCGACCAGCCCGGUGGUAUUCUGAUCUUCUUGCCCGGUACCAUGGAGAUCGAAAGAUGUCUCAACGCCGUGAGGAGAAUCCCGAACGCCCACCCUCUACCUUUGCACGCGUCUCUUUUGCCAGCCGAACAACGGCGUGUAUUCCUGAGUGCCCCGAAGGGCAUGAGAAAAGUCAUCGCAGCCACCAACGUCGCCGAGACGUCUAUCACUAUCGAAGACAUCGUGGCCGUCAUUGAUACCGGCCGCGUGAAAGAGACGAGCUACGACCCCCGAGACAACAUCGUACGGCUGCAAGAGGUCUGGGCUUCGCAAGCCGCCUGCAAGCAACGGCGCGGACGUGCCGGUCGUGUCAGAGCAGGAUCAUGUUACAAGCUCUACACGCGCAAGGCCGAGACGAGCAUGCCCCAUCGACCCGACCCGGAGAUCCGACGCGUGCCGUUGGAGCAACUAUGUCUCUCGGUGAAAGCGAUGCAAGGCAUCAACGACGUCGCUCACUUCCUCGCCAACACGAUUACACCGCCCGAAAGCACGGCCGUCGAGGGCGCCCUAGAUUUCUUGCACCGCGUCGGAGCCCUCGAUCACGACCGACUGACAGCGCUAGGCCGCUACCUCUCGAUGAUCCCCGCGGACCUCCGGUGCGCCAAGCUGAUGGUCUACGGCUCCAUCUUCAGCUGCAUCGACGCCUGCGUGACCAUCUCCGCCAUCCUGACCGUCAAGAGCCCCUUCGUUUCGCCGCGCGACAAACGCGAGGAAGCCACGGCCGCCAAAGCGGCCUUCACCAAGGGCGCCAACGACGGCGACCUACUGACGGACCUGCUCGCGUACCAACAAUGGUCGGAUCGAGUGCAAGCCCACGGCUACUGGCAAACGCAAAGCUGGUGCGCCGCCAAUUUCCUCUCUCACCAAACGCUGCGCGACAUCUCCUCCAACCGAGCCCAACUCCUCACCUCCCUCAAAGACGCGGGCCUCCUCCCCGUCGAUUACUCCUCUCAAUCCCAAUCCCAGCCCCCAUCAUCCUCUCGCAGCAGCAACAACAACACCAACAACAACACCUGGAACCGCAACACGCACAACAAACCCCUCCUCCGCGCUCUAAUAGCAGGCGCCUUCCAGCCGCAGGUCGCACAGAUCUCCUUCCCCGACAAGAAAUUCGCCUCCUCGAUCACAGGCACAGUAGAAAUCGACCCCGAUGCACGCACAAUCAAGUACUUCAACCAAGAGAACGGACGGGUCUUCAUCCACCCAAGCUCUUUGCUCUUCUCAGCCCAGAACUACCCCGGCGGCGCCGCCUACCUAAGCUACUUCACCAAGAUGGCGACAAGCAAGGUGUUUGUGAGAGACUUGACUCCAUUCAACGCCUAUUCCCUCCUCCUCUUCUGCGGCUCCAUCGACCUAGACACCACGGGUCGCGGGUUGAUAGUAGACGGGUGGCUGCGGCUGCGCGGCUGGGCGCGCAUCGGCGUCCUCGUAUCCCGGUUGCGGAUGAUGCUCGAUGAGGUGAUCGCUCGGCGCAUCGAUCAGGCGCCUGGCUCUGCGGGGGGCGCGGUCGAUGGUGGUCUGGCGGGGCAGGUGAUUGAGGUGGUGAAGCGGUUGGUGGAGUUUAAUGGGUUGGAUCAGUGAGGGUGAGGUUGGGUUCUGGUUGCCUGCUCUGCCCUGUCAUGUUUAUUGGGUGUGGUUGGAAUGGGAUUUGCUUUUUUUUUGUGUGUAGGAUGGUUCUUGGGAAGAUUAUUCGUUGGGUUUCUUUUUAGAGAGGACGGAAGCUAUUUGGAUGCUUUUUGGUAAACUUUUGGAGGAAAGGGGAU